UUUGCGUUAUGACGCAUUGCGCAGCUAGCCCUAUAUAAGCAGGGAAAUCCGCCCCGAACAUUAUCAUCUGCAACUUCCUUCGCAACACAUCUUAAGGAAUUUUCAGAAACUCUCUACUCAAAAUGGCUCGCAAAUUCUUCGUCGGUGGUAACUUCAAGAUGAACGGCUCCUUGGAGUCUCAAAAGAAGAUCAUUGAGGCUCUCAACGCCGCCAAGCUCAACACUGAGAAGGUUGAGGUUGUCGUUGCCCCUCAAGCUCUUUACCUUUUGAACACUCGUGCUGAGUUGCGCAAGGACAUUGGUGUUGCUGCCCAAAACGUCUUCAGCAAGGCCCACGGUGCUUACACUGGUGAGAACAGCGCUCAAUCCCUCGCUGACGCUGGUAUCACCUACACCCUUACUGGUCACUCCGAGCGUCGUACUAUCUUCAAGGAGUCCGACGAGUUCGUCGCUGACAAGACCCAAUACGCCAUUGAGCAAGGUUUGAUCGUUAUCGCCUGUAUCGGUGAGACCUUGGCCGAGCGUGAGGCCGACAAGACCAUCGAGGUCUGUGUUCGUCAACUCAACGCUUUGGCCGCUAAGGUCAAGGACUGGAGCAAGGUCGUCAUUGCCUACGAGCCCGUCUGGGCCAUUGGUACUGGUAAGACCGCCACUCCCGAGCAAGCCCAAGAGGUUCACGUCGAGAUCCGUAAGUGGGCCAACGAGAAGCUCGGUGCUCAAAUUGCCGAUGCCCUCCGUAUCAUCUACGGUGGUUCCGUCAACGGUGGUAACUGCAAGGACUUCCUUAAGUUUGAGGACAUCGACGGUUUCUUGGUCGGUGGUGCUUCCCUCAAGCCCGAGUUCCACAACAUUAUCAACGUCCACAACCUUUAAAUGCCGUGCAAAUGAUAAUAUUUGUGCAAUGAACUUGAGCGUCACUCCCUCUGUCACCGUAUAGAUUUCGGCGGCUAUGCAUGUCGGAUGCACUCCACCUUCAUUUUUAGAUGACAACAAUA